AUGGGUUACAUUGGAGCACAUGGUGUAGCUGCUCUUCAUAGAUACAAAUACAGUGGUGUUGAUCAUUCUUAUCUUGCUAAAUAUGUUCUCCAACCUUUUUGGACCCGUUUUGUCAAAAUCUUCCCUCUUUGGAUGCCACCCAACAUGAUAACACUUACGGGGUUCAUGUUUCUUAUCACGUCUGCGUUGUUAGGCUAUGUAUACUCACCUAAGUUGGAUUCUCCUCCUCCUCGGUGGGUUCACUUUGCACAUGGCCUACUUCUGUUUUUGUAUCAGACAUUUGACGCGGUUGAUGGGAAACAAGCACGAAGAACAAAUUCCACUAGCCCACUAGGAGAGCUUUUUGAUCAUGGUUGCGAUGCACUCGCUUGUGCGUUUGAAACGAUGGCAUAUGGGAGCACUGCUAUGUGUGGAAGAGAUACUUUCUGGUUCUGGAUUAUCUCAGCCGCUCCAUUUCUGGGAGCAACCUGGGAAACUUAUUUUACCAAUACACUUACUCUUCCGGUAGUCAAUGGUCCUACAGAAGGUCUUGCGCUUAUAUACUGCGGUCACUUCUUCACAGCCAUUGUUGGUGCCGAAUGGUGGGCUCUGCAGUUUGGGGAGUCAAUCCCCUUGUUUAGUUGGGUGCCAUUUUUGAGCGAGAUUCAAACAUCCAGAGUAGUACUAUACACGAUGAUUGCUUUUGCCGUUAUACCAACACUUUCAUUGAAUGUGUCCAGUGUAUACAAAGUUGUUCAGCUAAGAAAAGGAAGCAUGUUUCUAGCAUUAUCUAUGCUGUUUCCCUUUGUCGCGCUCCUUGCAGGAGUUUUGACAUGGGAUUACUUGUCUCCAAUUGAUCUCAUAAGAAACUACCCUCACUUAGUUGUAUUGGGAACUGGUCUUGCAUUUGGAUUCAUUGUGGGAAGAGUGAUUCUAGCACACUUAUGUGAUGAACCAAAAGGAUUAAAAACAAACAUGUGCAUGUCACUGCUUUACCUUCCUUUUGCACUAGCAAAUGCUCUAACCGCUAGACUCAACGACGGGGUUCCUCUUGUGGAUGAGUUUUGGGUUCUUCUUGGUUAUUGUAUAUUCACAAUGUCACUAUAUAUGCAUUUUGCAACUUCAGUCAUUCAUGAGAUCACAACUGCACUUGGAAUCUACUGCUUCAGGAUUACGCGUAAAGAAGCUUGA